UAGUUAAGUAAGGUUUAGACUCUAAACUUUAGAGCCCCAUACCAUACAGACAGGUUAUCAUUAAUUAUAAUAAUACAAAGUCACUUAUUUAGUUUUAUACUGCUAAGCUUUCGAGUGAAAGUUUAGAGCCUAAAUACCAAUGUAGGUGGCGGUAUGCAGCUUAAUCGAUUUGCAAUCCGCCAAAAAUCACAAAGCAGAAGAAGAAGGUGAAGAAGCUAAUGGAAAACAUGCUAAAAAAAUUAUCGUUCAAGAUUGUAGCUCUCUACACACGUACCGGUGAUUAAAUUAUUCUGCGCCAUGUUGUUACGGAAAAUAUGGAUGAAGUGAACUUUGUGUCUCUUGCUGUUGGGAGAUGUGUGGACGCCGGCUGCCUGCUGCUCGACCUGCUCCUCAGGACGUACAGCUGGCUGCUUCGCUUCCUGACCGGCGUGGGUGCGUCCCUCCAGAGCACGCUGCUCGCCCUGAGCGGCUACUGUAACUUCGCUGUUUUCUCCUUCCUCACCGCCACUGAGGCUGUCUCAUGGGCCGCCUGUAGAGUCCUGCACGUCCUGGAAGGCUGGCUGCAGACGCUGGGAGGCGUGUUUGAGAGUUUCAAGAUGGUGGGACACCUCUGCUGUCACGUGGCGUGGCGCACUAAAGAUGCGAUGCACGGCUGGCUCGCUUCAGGGAGCUGCAUCCUGCGGCAGACGUGCGAGGGCGCCUGCAUCGCGCUCAGCCUCGCUCUCUACUUCGUCAACACAGUGGUCAACAUCGUCCUCAUCAGCACGCAGAACUGUGUGUCUAUGUUGGCGGGCGUCUGGGAGGCGGUGGCGGACCCCGUGCACAGAGUUGUGGAGCUGGCGGUGACGGCACUCACCUUCCUGUACAGCUGUCUGUGGACGCCCUGCCAGCUGCUGCUGGACUUCUUGGGAGCGCUGGGUCGAGUCUUCGUCACCGUCUUCAUGGUCGACUCGCACGGUGUGCUCAUCACGGCGGCCACCGUCUCGCUGGCUCUGCUGCUACUGAACCCUGGGCUUCCUGUCCUCGCAGGUCAUUUCCUCAACGCUUUGCCGGGAGCUCGUGGCGUCCAGACGAACGCUCGCAGGCUGCACGCAGUCCUGCCGGCACAGGCUCCGGCCUAUCAGGAGGAGAGUACUGACACGAGCGCUUUAAGCCCUGAGGCCGACCUGCCAGCGAAUGAACCGAGCCAGCCGGACUCUCCGCCGCUCCUCGCUCAGCAAGACGGCGAGGCAGCGAGGGUGUUCACUCCGGAGGACAACGACAGUAGCGGUGGCCAUCCAAGUGACGGCGAGCUGCUCAGCCUGCUGAAGGAGCAGGAGGAGAGGAAGAAGUGCGUCAUCUGUCAGGACUUGAGCAAGACGGUGCUGCUGCUGCCGUGUCGCCACCUCUGCCUCUGCCGGCCCUGCGCCGACAUCCUGACCCAACGCCGCGCCGUCCAGCAGCGCUGCUGUCCGCUCUGCCGGCGGCCCAUCACACAGACCAUGGACGUCUUCCUCUGAUGGACCCGGACCAGAGCUGCAGCGUUAGUCAAUGGACAGAAAAAUCAUUCCGAUAAUCAAGAAAUCGUUAAAGUAAUUUUUCAUGUUAGAAUAAGAUUUGUUUCAGAUCAUAUUAAAGAGAUUUAAAGUCAUCUUUUGUUUUCUGAUGUUUUCGAGACCAAAAGAUUAAAGAGACACAAACAGGAAAAACAUCUUCGUGCUCAGUUUUGAGAUUUCCAAAAUCUAUUUUACUAACUGUGUGUAGAUCUAAACUCACAGCAGCGACAUUACAUAACGCCUCAUUUACAUAUUUAAACAUGAACACUUGUAAUAUAAACUGUUGACGUGAGUCAUGAAGCUUCAUGAUCUCUAUCGUCACAUCUUCACCUGCAGUGUGGAAUUGUUAGUUGCAGCUCUCGGACAAACAGAAAGAUCCUGUUUUAGUUUAUCAUUUUAUUUAUGAGGAGUUUAUUUAGAUUGUUUGUUUAUUUUUUUGUUUGAAUAUUUUCUAAUUCCCCGGACAGUGUUUGAGGUCUUGAAAAGAGUUGUAUAAAUUAAAUGUAUUAUUAUUUGAGAAGAUGGUUCGUCUUCUCUAAAUGAAAUCUAACACUGGAUUCAUGCUCCUGAGGAUUUGUGCCAAAGACUGUAUUUUUGUAAAACAAUGCAUGUUCCUUUUUUUAUUUAUAUUUUGAACAUUUAUAAAAAACCUUUUGAUUUAAUUCCUAACUCGUGAGCAGGUCGUACUUUCUUUUAGCAUUCUGCUACAGAUUAAAUUAAUACAUAUUACCACAUUUGGGCUUUAUUUGUUUGUUUUUAUAGAAGAUUUAGUUUUUUAUCAUUUACUCAAAUUCUGUCACUGAAAGUUGUGUUUCAUUCAGUAAAUAAAGAUUCUGCUGCAUUUUGAAUAUGAA